AUGAAACAAUUUACUUUGUUUUACAGGAAACGUAAACCCCUGGUGUUCAUUGCGUAUAAACAGUUGUAUUUUCAUUACAAGAUUGAUCAAAGUACAAGUGAACCUUCUGCCUUCAAAAGUGAUCAAGGCCAUAUGAAAAACACAGAAGAAGAAUUUAUCACAUUGCCUAUCAAAAUAGGUGUAACUGUCGGCAUUUUCCUUCUCAACACUGGUGUUGUCUUUAAAGCCAUCGAGCUGUGCCAAGAAAGCUUGAUUUUACUACACAAUGGGGAUUUAAGCGCGGACAGUCCAGUUGCGAAAUCAUUUGAAGAACGCAUCUUUACCUCAGUGAUAAGGGUAUGCAAUUCACCAGGUUUUAGCAGAUACCUCAGGGAAUUUUCAUAUCAUCACCCUGAAGAGGGAAAGGAACUUUAUAAAGUAGCCAUAAAAGUGAUGAAAAUGACCGGAAGCAGCCAAGGAGAAGCAGAGUAUUGUAGAGGACUAGGAGUGCUUCUGUGUUUCUUAGGAGAAUACAACAAAGGAAAAGAAUAUUUGAAGAUGGCACUUGCUAUUAGCAUAAAAUUUGGUGACAAGAGUUCCAUAGCUGCAAAUUACAUAGACCAAGGAGCAGUGCUCAUAUCGCUUGGCAAAUACGACACGACCCGAGAAUGCCUUGAGAAAGCUCUCGCUAUCCAAAUAGAAAUUGGCGACAGACAUGGAGAGGCCCAAGAAUACCUGGAGAGAGCUCUCGCUAUUGACAUAGAAAUUGGCGACAGAAAUGGAGAGGCAACAACUUACGGGAAACUCGGAACAGUGUUCAUAUCGCUUGGAAAAUACGACAAGGCCCAAGAAUACCUGGAGAGAGCUCUCGCUAUCCAAAUAGAAGUUGGCGACAGAAAUAAAGAGGCAAACACCUACGGGGACCUCGGAACAGUGUUCGAAUGUCUUGGGAAAUAUGGCAGGGCUCGACAAUACUUGGAGAAAGGACUCGCUAUCAAAAUAGAAAUUGGCGACAGAGAUGGAGAGGCAGUAAUGUACAGAAUCCUCGGAACACUGUUCAAAUCGCUUAGCAAAUAUGAAAAAGCCCGAGAAUACCUAGAGAAAGCUCUUGCGAUUAAAAUAGAAAUUGGCCACAGAGAUGGAGAGGCAGCAUGCUACGCAAACCUCGGAAAAAUUGGCGACAGAUUUGGAGAGGCAACAACUUACGGGAACCUCGGAACAUUGUUCUUAUCGCUCGGGAAAUAUGUUGGGGCGCGACAAUACCUGGAGAAAGCUCUCACAAUCAUAACAGAUAUUGGCGACAAAAAUGGAGAGGCAACAAGCUACGUGAAUCUUGGAAUUGUAUUCCAGUCGCUUGGCAAUUAUGACGAGGCUCGAGAAUACCUGGAGAAAGCGCUACGUAUUUUCAGGAGAAUUGGUGAAAGAAAAGGAGAGGCAGACACUUUUGGACGCCUUGCAUCUUUGUUUCUGUCCCUCGGUAAAUAUUCAAAGGCAGACGAUUUUCUAGAGAGAGCGAUCGCAAUUUGGAGGGAAAUUGGUGACAGAGAAGGACAAGCAGAACAUUUCGUAAACUUUGGGGCAAUUUGUCACAAGCGUGGUGAGUACGACGAUGCUCUAGAAUAUCAGAAGAAAGCCCUUGAAAUUCACAUGGAAAUUGGUACGAAAGAAGGUGUUGUUAUUAGUUACAGAGAUAUAGGAUUGUGUUUCCAAUCGCUCGGUAAAUAUGACAUGGCCGAGGAAUACCUCAAGAAAGCUCUCUUAUUAAGCAAGGAUAUUGGACAAAGUUUUCUUGAGUUUCAAUGCCUUCGUGCUCUAACGGUGUUGAAGGUAUCACAAGAUGAUCUUAACGAAGCCUCUUCGUUUAUUUUCCAAACCAUUAAAAUGUUCGACACUUUGAGAGGAUUUCUUAAAGACAACGAUCAGUUUAAAACAUCACUUUUGGAGGAGCACGGCGCCUUUCCCUACAAGUUGCUCAGUAGCUUGCUUUCUUCCACGGCAAAGCCACACGUCGCCCUCUAUGCCGAGGAGCUGAGACGGGCGAGGGGCUUGGCCGACUUGAUGGCAGCUCGGUACUCUGUUGUAAAGCAGGUCUCAGGCGAUCCAAAAUCAUGGUAUGGGAUUCAAAACAUUGUCGCAAAGGAAACUGACUGUGCAUGCCUCUACAUUUCUGUUGGAGAAAAGCAUAUGCGCUACUGGAUUCUCAAAGCAACAGGGGCUAUUAUUUUUUCAGAUGAGGAAGUGAGCCUGGACAGAAACGUGGUGACCGGAUUAGUCCCUGACUUGGAUGAGUUUUUUACGAAAAGCUUUCGUGGCCUUGGCAUUUUACCCGAACAGAAUUGUAUCAAAAAGAAUCUUCACUUGUGUCACAAGAUGAUCAUCGCCCCUGUGGCUGCUUUACUGAAUGAGCCCGAAAUUAUCAUUAUCCCUGAUUCCUGUAUGUACCAGGUACCAUUUUCGGCUUUAACUGACGAUGGAGGAAAUUUCGUAUCAGACACAUUCAGGUUACGCAUCGUUCCCUCUUUGACGACUCUCAAGCAUAUCCAGGACAGUCCCCCAUACUAUCACAGUCAAACAGGUGCAUUGAUAGUCGGUGACCCUCAGGUUGGAGAGGUGAUUUACAAGGGAAGACGCAUGACUAUAACACGGUUGCCAUGUGCAAGAAAGGAAGCAGAGAUGAUUGGAAGACUUCUUGGUGUCACACCUUUGAUUGGAGAUCGCGCGACAAAGCAGGCUGUACUUCAAGCAAUACAUUCAGUGAGUCUGAUCCAUUUAGCAGCCCAUGGUAGUGCUGAAAGAGGAGAGAUUGCCCUUUCCCCAGAGUGUCCCGCUGGCUAUGUUCCACGAGAAGAAGCCUACCUCUUGACGAUGGAGGACAUUUCACGAAUUAAGCUUCGAGCUAAACUGGUGGUACUAAGCUGUUGUCACAGUGCAUGUGGACAGAUUAAAGCCGAGGGAGUCAUUGGAAUCGCUCGAGCGUUCUUAGGAUCCGGUGCUCGCUCAGUCUUGGCGGCACGGUGGCUCUUAUAUGACACAGCCACAGAGAAGUUCAUGACUUGUUUCUAUGAGCACUUAUUCCGCGGUGAAAGCGCCAGUGAAUCCCUUCACGAAGCCAGGAAAUGGAUGAGAAACAAUGACUUUGUAAAAGCCUCCGAGUGGGCUUCUUUUAUGCUGAUUGGCGACAACGUGACAUUUGAUUUUGCAAAUUGGCCUGUGUCUACUACAACCAAAUAG